AUGUCCCAGAACCACCACCAUCACGACCACCACGACCACCACGACCACCACGAGCACCACGAGCACCACGAGCAUGGCGAGCACGACCACCACCACCACCACGAGCCGGGCAUGCCGUUCGACUUCGCGUACGCGGUGAACGGGGACGGCAACGACUACAGCCACAACGCUGUCUCCGACGGCGACGUGACCCGCGGCGAGUACAGGGUCGCGUUGCCCGACGGCCGCGUGCAAGUGGUCAAGUACACCGCCGACUGGAAGAACGGCUUCAACGCAGACGUAUCGUAUGAAGGAGAGGCCCAGUAUCCCGAACCCAACUCGAACGCGAUCGGCACGCCUAACCAAGCCGGCCAAACUUACUUACCAGCCAACCAAGGAGGCGGUUACAAAUAU